AUGGAGAAAAAUUAUAUCGAUAGAGUUCGAAGAGCUUUGGAAGUGUUUCCAGAAAGUAAAGAUGAAGAGAGGAAAAGGAGGCGCUGUGGUAAGGCGCGUAGUUUGAUUAUAGCGGAAAGGACAUAUUCAAUCAGCUGGGACCAUACUUUUUCGACAAAUUAUAAAAUAUUGUAUCCCAAAGAGUUUGUAAGAGAGAUUGACAAGGAAUCUAUAAUUAAGAGCAGUUCUGUAAUUGGAGAAUGCAAUGGUACUCCCAUUGAGACAGAUGCUGCUAAUAAUGUUUACUAUGAAGCAGAAUGUCUUCUAAGAGGAGAGGUGGUGGCGAGGCUUACUAUAUCUGGUGAUACCCAUCUUUCUGAUCUGGGGGGAUUUCUGAUUGGGAGUAAUAGCGUAUCAAGCAAGGUGUUCUUUGCGAUAGAAAAAACGAUUUAUCUUCAGACCAUUGACGAUAACUCUAUAAAAUUUGCCACAAUGGUAUUUCAAUUGAAGAUAUUUAAUAUUAAGAAAUGGGAUAUUAGAAUUGAUAAAUGCAUAAAAGACAUAUCAAAGGAGAUAUAUUUUCAUGAUGGAAGAUUUUUAAAGUCGGUUCAAAUCAUGAAGGCGUUCUUUUCGUAUAGAAAGAUAAGCCCGUAUGUAUCUGUAAAGCAUUUGUAUGGAAGGGCUCAACUAUGCAAGUGUUGUCUAAAGAACAACGCAGUGUUGAAAAUAGCUAAUGAUCCUAUUCUGCCCGAGAAGAAAAAGUUUAUUUGCAAGAAAUGCUUUGAGCUUCUGUUCUUAGAUAAAGAGGGAGAUAGCCGAUAUGAUGGUAUCGAGGUAGAAUUUCUUCAUUAA